UUUGAUCGGUGAUAGUGCCAAAGAUAAGCUCAAAAAUAUUCAAGUGAUCUAUCGAGGUAAAGCGAGUUUGAAAAUAACAGGUUUCUGCUCUCUGAUUUCCUGGAGUUUGUCGUCCCGAUAAGUUCACUUUCCUGCUGCUCUUGCUAAUUCCUCGUCGAAGUUGUGUAAAGUGACCUGGGGCUGUGGUGGAAAAACUGAAGACGUCUCUCUGCCGCUAUGUCAUCAAAGACUUCGCCUCCCAUUCAGGCUCCCCGCUCCACUACUCCUCCAGUGUCUCCUGGCUCUCCCCAAUCGCCCGUCUCCCCCAGCUCACUGCGCCUGCCCCCCUGUCGUCAUAGAGACCGCUCCCCUUCUCCCAUGAGGGGCUACCUGAUCCCAAGCCCCUUACCUACACGCCGAAACCGCACCCACUCUGCUACUACACGAGCCGCAGAGGGUCCCGCCUUCACCGGCGUGUGCAAGUGCUUCUCACGCUCCAAAGGACACGGAUUCAUCACGCCAUCAGACGGAGGCAGUGACAUUUUUGUUCACAUUUCAGACAUUGAGGGUGAGUACGUGCCAGUGGAAGGGGAUGAGGUCAGCUACAAAAUCUGCUCCAUCCCCCCCAAACACGAGAAGGUCCAGGCCGUGGAGGUGACCAUCACUCACCUAGCCCCAGGCACCAAACACGAGACCUGGUCAGGCACGGUGGUGAACUCCUGAAGAACAGCUGGAGCAGAACGGACCAUUCCCUACAGGUCUCGGGGGGGG